UCCUUCAGCCCUCUACUACCUGGCGCCACUUUUGCUUCUCUAGCUCCUCCAUCUCCUCCGACGCCGAAUUCCUCAUUUUUCUCCUUCUCCGGCGGAAUCGAAGUAGGAAAUUUCGGCAAUAUUCAGCAGUAUCAAACAUAAUGGGGAUGGUAUUACCAGCUGAGCAGGCAGGCUAUGCUGAGAUGGAGAAUGUUGAGAUUACGGAUACAGAGUUGUUCUAUCAUGUUAGAGGUGCCCUUAAAUCUGCUCUCCAGGGUGAUCCGGAUAAAUAUAACCAGCUUGUUGGGGUUAUGCACUGUAAGGAACGCCUUGUACCCGAGGAGGUUGCCCUACUGGUGACAUGUUUAAAAGCUUUGUCAGGAUCAGUUUCUUGUCUAGACAUUGUUCAUCAUCAAAGUCUUCUUUCAUCUAUUUUAGGAAUGAGCAUGUGGAACUAUGGGACUGAUGUAAUGGAUGCUUUGAUGGAAUUACUUAUAUCCUUGGCUACAUCCGGUGGGCAGUAUGUCGAUUUGUGCUUGGAAAUGCUUGUGAACAAUUUUGUGCCGCCUCCUUCAUUCAUAUCAUUGUUGAAUCAGCCACGUGGCAUUCUACGAAAGGGCCAAGUCAUUGAUCGUGUCCAUUCAACUUUAGUAGACAUUGCAGAGUUAGUUCCUCUCUCCCCCUUGAGACUUGAGAAGAUAGUAAAGGAGAAGAUGCAGAGGAUGCCAAUCAAUUACACAAAGGAACCAUUCAUCAUGGCAUAUGUGGAGAACAUGUUAAAACUGGAGGGUGGAGCAAUUGGUGGUCUUGUUGGAAGAACCAUGCUUGUGGCAAUUAUGGAUUGGCUGAUAGAUUUGGAUGUAGACAUCGCAUGGGAUGAAAUCUUAAAUGAGGAUUUCACCAAAUGCAUCUUCGAUAUGGAGCUGGAAGAUCUGGAUGGUCUAGUAGAUGAUGGUCAGCAAGAUGGUGACCAGCUCCGAAUUUCUUGGAUGGAACGGCUUGGAAAUGCCAGUGCUCAAAAAUUGGAUAGCUUGAUGGUGCUUACCUUUGAACACCUUAACUUUUGCCAAGAGAGUGGACGCCUGAGUCAGGUUUUUGAGACUCUUCUCCAGUCUUUUCAGCAUACUGUUUUGAUGGCAUACAACAUGCGUAAUAUCAUCUCUGACACUUGGGCUAGUCUUUCAUUUAGUUUUGUGAUGUUUUAUGCCUGUACGCUGGAUCCUGAAAACUGUGGCAUGAGAUUUGCUGAUACACUAUUUGAUAUAUUUAAGAGCAGUAUCUAUCCACAAUGGAGAAUGAGUGCUGUUGCCUAUCUUGCCAGUUAUUUGGCUCGUGCAAAGUUUUUGUCUAUCUCAUCUGUUGCUGAAUAUGUAGAAAGUUUGGUUGAAUGGUGUUCCACUUAUUGCUCCAACCAGAGUGGUGGUAUCAAUCCAAAAGCUCACAAGGAAUUCUAUGUUGGGUACCAGGCCAUGAUGUACAUACUUUGUUUUCGCAUGAGAUCAAUGCUUGCUAUUCCUCGUAUCAGGUCACGGCUCUCAAAGCACAUAGAGGAUAUCCUGAGGCAUCCAUUGAGCCCAUUAAUGGUAUGCUUGCCAUCAGUAGUGAAAGAAUUUCUUCGGUUGGCAAAAGUAACUAAUCUUGAUGUGCCUGAUAACUUUGUAUCAAGUGGUCUGCUCGAGUCCGAUCUUUCAAUCUCUUUUGGUGGUAGAGAGAGGCUUGACAUGUUUUUCCCAUUUGAUCCUUGUCUGCUAUUGAGAUCUGACAGAUUCAUCCGGCCAAAUUUUGUGUACUGGUCAAUGGUUCGGAGCUCAUAUGACAACGAUGAUGAUGAUGAUGAUGAGGGUACUAGUGAUGAAGACGAUAUUGAAAUCUGUACUGCAGGGAAGGGGAUGAAUAUAGGUGACGGAGUCGCCCGAAGUUAUGAUCAGGAUCUCGAUGAAUUUGAUCAUGAAAUGAGCAAAAUGUCCAUAACACCUAAAGUUGCUCAAUGGUUUGGAGGUGAAUUACGACCUGACAUGCAGAUGCCUUCACGAAUCAGACCAUGUCCGGAGUCCUUAUAGAGAUUAAUCUGCAUGUUUGAUUGUCAUGAAAGAGGAAAUGCUUGCCCUUGCAUGACAAGAGUCGGACCAUGCCAUUAAGAGUUGGAAAUGCUUGUCCUCGACCGUGGUUGGCCAUGAGCAACACGUGAAGAUAAUGCAAUAUUUCGUUGGACUCGGAUUCGUCAGGCCUCCACUCCUGCCUGCUUAACAUCCCAUGAAAUGUUAGAGGUCAAUUUUUGUAUUUAUAGCAAAAGCUAUUUGUUAUAUGUAGCAAUAGUCGUUCCCAUUAUCGGUACUAAUGGUGAAAAUAGAUAAAAUUCUCUUGUAUUUUCUUGUGGGUGUUAAUACAUUACGCCCAAUAUAAGAGUGUGUCUAUAUUUGGAAAUGUAAUGCUCCAGAUGAAGAUUGCAAAACAACUAUAUUUUCUCUAAUCUCACUUUAUUAGUAUAUAAAUGUUAUUUAA